UUACAAGUUGGUUGAUAGAAAUGGUUGAGGCAUUAAUAUUUAGGAAUAUUUCUAUAAACCGUGAUAAAUAGUUAAUCAUAAAGCUUCGACCAUGAGUGUUCCUACUGAUAGUAAGUCUCCUUUGGACAAUGAGAUGAGAUCUCGCUACUCAACAACUGCCGGCUGGGAUGAUAUUCCGACAGAAAUAUUUAUAUACAUUUUUAAGAAACUGAACAUUACAUCACUUAGAUGUUGUUUUGCAGUUAACAAGAAAUGGAGUGAAAUAGCAACAUGUAUUUGCGACAAUCAAGAUUUAUGGCAGGCAUUGGCAGAAGAUGGAAUGGUGAAUCAUGGUGUGACACAAGAGCUUAAGUCCACUCUCAGCUGGAAAGACUUGUACUUUAACUCAUUCUUGUGGACUAAAUUGCCAUCAGCUGUUGCUCUCAAACUACAUGAAGUGGAACAGUCAGAUGUCAGAAAUAUGCAUGUCUAUAGGGACAAAGUAAUAGUGGUGCACCCAAAUGGUGUUGAAUGCUAUGACAUAGAAAGUUUUCAAGUCAUUAGAAGUAUUAUAACCUUGAAUUGUGUUGAUGUACAAGAAUCAGAUGACAUGGUAAUGGUAGUCACUGACAACAACUAUGAUAGCCACUACAGAGUGACCAUGUUCAUCAAGUUGGAUAAAGAUGAGGAAAUAGAUAUUAAAAAAUUUCACAUUCCUUUGAGAAUGCCUGGGGAUGGAUCUAUUCAUGCAUUUGUAGAGUCUUUGCAUUGGCGAUUGAUCGGGAAUCGUGUGUAUGUAAUUGAUAAAAAAUGUGUCCUUUGGGAAUGCUCUGCUAUAAAUGGAGUUCUGAUAAUCAAAGCGCUAGCAAAAUAUUAUGGAGAAAUCCCUAGAACACGAAGUUCGACCAUUCACGUCAUUGAAGAAGAUGUGUACAUUUCGUUAAAGUGGGGUAAUUUAGUAACGGUCACAAAAAAUAGUAGAUGGUUUCGAAAAGUUAACACGACGGAAAUACCCACAAAGAUUAUCGACAACUCCAAAUUAUAUACGAGAACGCCACGCAGAAACGGCUUCAACACUUUCAACGCUUUUGUAAAAUUUCCGUUUGCUGCAGAAUUUAUUGACCAAAGUGUAGCACCACUCAACAUGAUACAUUACCACUAUGACGAUCCUGAAAUGAUAUGCGCCCUGCAGCACGGGGACGUGAUACUUCGAGGGUUCGCGGACGGAGAGAUAGCAAUAAAUUUGUUGAGGGAUGACUUUAAAUAUAAUUUAAACGUCCAGCAAUUCGACCAGGAUGAAGUGACAGAACCUGCUGUUAUAGCGCUUGAUAUCUGCGAGCUCAAAGGCAUGCACAAGCUGUUUGUGGCCACUAAACAUAAAGUGUACAAUAUACUCCUCAAGUACCAGAACGACAACAGGCUGGAGACAUAAAUAAUUUCAUAAUCAUAACCGUAACUUGGUAAGCGUGAAGUUUCCCGUUCCAUUAUUUCAUGCGUUACGUCAAAUGAUCAAAUGAAAUAUCGAUUAAACUUUUUCUUAGUCAAACGAAGUAAACUGUUUGUUGAAAAUACAAUUAUAGGUAUAAUAUAAUUGCUAGCAGUAACAUAAAAUAACUUAUAUGCAAAGCCUUAUGCUACCUGUGAGGUCCAGUGAGAGAAAUGAGUAGGUAUAAUUAUACCUGUUGGUGCUAUUAAUGUCAUUAGUUAGUAAAUAACGAAUGAAUCACAAUUCAUUAGUUAUUCACUUAGGACACGUUAAGCUAGGUGUUUGUCGGUAUUUUAUAAAGGAAAUAUGUAUUUAUUCUUAAUUGACUAUAAAAUCUAAUUAUAACAGUCAUUAUUAUUAUUACAUUAAAAUAAAAAGAGAGAGAAAGAAAGAACUUGUCAGCUGUUUAAAAUUAUGGUAUAUAGUAAGUAAUUCACUGCCAAAGUGUUAUAUGAAAUAAAAAAAACUUCUUUAACUAAAGACGAAUAAAAAUGUAUUUAACAAACAAUGUAAGUACA